AUGGCCGACACAGCCAUACCAGAUCCGCAUUUCCAGCAGGAAGACCACCAGGCUGCCUACGUCUUCCGGCCCCGAGACGAGGGCGCCUCAGCCGAGCGGGCCCCCAAGCGCCGGCGCACCUCGAAGAAGGCCUCUGCGCUCCGAGCCGAGCACGCGCACGCCGCCGACGACGGCAGCAGGCCCGACCCUCGGCAGGCCGAGAACGCAGAGGACGACCCCUCGUGGUUCGUGCCGCUGCUGAACGGGGCCGAGGCGCCCGCCUGCGUGCGCCUCCGCGAGAGGCUCUUCCGGUCGAGCUGGCGGGGCAUCGAGGCGCGGGUGCAGACCAUCCUGCGCGACGCCAACUCGGCGACGCUGGGGCAGGUGGCCGACUUUGCCUGGGGGCGGCACGCGGGGGGCGCCGAGGCGGAUGGAGACCGCCGCCGCGUGCCGGCUGCGUUCAUCAUGACGGGCGCCAACAUUGCGUCGCAGGACCUGCUGUUUCGGCAGCUCGGCGCGAGGCUCGAGGGCGGCGAGCCGAGGAGCAGGGUUGUCAGGCUGCGGUCGGCUGAGGUCGGCAACCUCAAGGCGGCGCUGAAAAAGGUUGUCAGGGAUGCGACGGCGCGCGAUGACGAGGGGGACGACGAUGGCGAGGUGUCUUUUGGGCAGGGGGGCCGGAAAUAUCUCAACUAUGACCUCGAGGGCUUGGCUGCGUUUGUCAAGGCACACGGGUGCCGUCACGUCUUCGUUGCCUUCCAGGACAGCGAGGGUUUCGACGGCGGUCUGCUGUCGGAUCUGAUUGUGCUUUUCAGCUCGUGGCUCGCGGACAUCCCCUUUACUUUGCUGUUUGGCGUGGCGACGUCGGUCGAGCUGUUCCAGGCGCGGCUUCUCAAAUCGACGUGCCGGCUCUUGUACGGUGCGCAGUUCGAUGUCGUCCAGACGUCGACCAUCCUCGAGCAGAUCUUCAAGCCUUCUGUUGCCGGAGCAGACGUCUCCUUACGUCUGGGUCCGUCGCUUCUGCAGCAUUUCAUUGACAGGCAGCAUGAUCAGGUCACCGGUAUCGAGUCGUUUUUGAGCUCACUCAAGUACGCAUACAUGUGUCACUUUUACGCCAACCCCUUAAGUAUCUUUGCCGUCGAGGACAAUGAACUGAACAGCGAGCUCGUUCAACCCGAGCAUCUCGAGGCGUUCCGCUCACUACCCUCGUUCCGCCGCCAUGUCGAAGACGCCGUCGAGACGGGCGACCUCGCAUUUGCCAAGUCGGCCCUUCAAGACGAUGCGUUUCUGUAUGAGCAAAUCUUCGACAUUCCGAGCAAGCGGAGAGCCUGGUCAGCUCGGCUCCUCCGGUCCCUGGCUCUGCUCAAGAGCACAGGCGCCAACCAGGAGACCUUUUCACAGCUGUAUCUAAAAGCCGUCGCCGAAGGCAUCGACCUCGCGUCGGUGGACAUCGGCAUCCUGUCCAACGUCAAACGUCUGCAACCGGCCGACUUUAUAAGCAUGUUAGAGAGCCUGCUCCAGACGCUAGGACAGGGCGACAAAGACCUCGGGCUCGAGGAAUGGAAAAGCGAGUCCAAAGAGGCGCAAGACUUGGCGUCCUCCCUCGAAGCCUGCCUUUCAGAAUCCCGCGAGCUCCUGUCGGCGGCGCAGAGGGACGGCAACACGCUGCGCAGCUCCUACAGCGGCAGCAGCAGGAUCCUGCGCACGACGGUCGUCGCGCAAAAGGUGCAGCUGAGCCGCGACUCGGCGGCGCUGUCGGACGCCGACAAGGCCUUUACCAAGGUCGUCGACAGUGUCGCGUCGCUGCUGCAGGGCGCGGCGCACUGCGAGCCGGCGACCGACGGCUUCCUGCACGAGGCGUGGCUGUACGAGUCCAAGAUGCCGUACCGCGACGUCUUUGUGCCGCGGCCGCGGGUCGUCUUUGAGAGGAGCCUCAUGCGACCCCAUGACUAUCUUGCGUGCGACUGCUGCCGGGGCCACGGCGACGGCAUCUCGACGACGCUGCCCGUGACCUCGCUGUUGUACCAUCUGUACCUCGAGGGCGGCAGCCUCAUCAACGUCGCCGACCUGUGGGCGGCGUUCUUCGCCAUGAUUGGCGACGAGGCCGACGAGGGCGAGACCGUCGAAGGUCCUGGGCCGGCAGCUGCAGCUGAAGACGCAGCUGGCGCUCGAGCUGGCGGGGGCCACAGCGAGAGGGUCGCGCUGGUCUUGUUCUACCAGGGCCUGGCCGAGCUCAAAGCACUGGGCUUUGUCAAGGCUAGCAGAAAGAAGGUCGACCACAUUGCGAAGCUGAAAUGGCUAUGA